UUUGUCCUCGUCUUUCAGAGAACGGGACGGAUUGCGUUCCCCCUUCGUCUGAGUUUCCUGAGGGAUUUUUUACACCGCAGGAGAGAAAGGAUGGAGGAAUCGUUAUUUAUUUCCUAAUUAUACUCUACAUGUUUUUGGCUGCGUCCAUCGUGUGCGAUGAUUACUUCCUACCGUCUCUAGAGAUCAUCACGGAAUGCCUUGGCCUCUCUCAGGAUGUUGCUGGAGCAACUUUCAUGGCUGCUGGAAGCUCUGCUCCAGAGCUUGUUACUGCUUUUCUAGGAGUCUUCGUGACAAAAGGAGACAUCGGCGUCAGCACCAUCCUUGGAUCAGCCAUCUAUAAUCUUCUGGGGAUUUGUGCAGCAUGCGGGCUGCUCUCUAGCGUGGUUUCCAGGCUAUCCUGUUGGCCGCUGUUUAGAGACUGCCUGGCAUAUACAAUUAGUACAGCGGCGGUCCUUGCGAUGAUAUCUGACAGCAGAAUUUACUGGUAUGAAAGUGCUUCCUUAUUAUUAAUAUAUGGGUGUUAUAUUCUGGUACUAUGUUUUGACAUUAAAAUCAACCGGUGCCUCAUGAAAAAGCUCAGUCCCUGCUGUUCGUGUUUUACAAAAGCCACGGAACAAAGCUGUGAGCAGCAGCCAUUAGCUGGAUGGAGGGAAGAGAGAGGGCCUCUAAUUCAUCAACAGUCAAGAGCUGACAGUGGAAUUUUCCAAGAUGAGCUGGACUAUUCUCAGCUUUCAACAAGCUUACACAGGCUUGAUGAAAUCUCUGAAGAUCAUCCAAGUGUCUUCACCAUGCCUGAGGAAGAUAUGAAGAGAAUUCUGUGGGUGUUAUCCCUUCCUAUUAUUACGCUGCUCUAUUUGACUACACCAGAUUGCAGAAGACGGUUUUGGAGGAAUUGGUUCAUGGUAACAUUUUUCAUGUCAGCAGCAUGGAUUUCUGCAAUCACUUACGUCCUUGUGUGGAUGAUAACAAUAGCAGGUGAAACACUGAGAAUUCCAGAGUCAGUAAUGGGUCUCACAUUACUAGCAGCAGGAACAAGUGUACCAGAUACAGUUGCAAGUGUGCUGGUGGCUCGAAAAGGAAACGGAGACAUGGCUAUGUCUAACAUUGUGGGAUCCAACGUAUUUGAUAUGCUAUGUCUGGGAAUACCCUGGUUUAUAAAAACUGCCUUCAUAAACACAUCCGAACCCAUAGAAGUGAACAGCAGUGGUUUGACAUACACAGCCACUUCGCUCAUCUGUUCAGUUAUUUUUAUUUUUCUGGCAAUUCACCUGAAUGGCUGGAAAAUAGAUAAAAAAUUGGGGGCAAUUUGUCUUGUACUCUACUUAGUAUUUACUGUAUUAUCAAUUUUAUACGAACUUGGCAUCAUAGGGAACAAUCCUACAAGGGUCUGUGGUAACUAG